AUGAGCAGCAAGCGGAGUUUGUUUGUGCGGCUGGUGCCGUGCCGCUGCCUGCGGGGCGAGGAGGAGCCCGUCACCUCGCUGGACUACUCACACAACAGCCUGGAGCAGGUCCCCAAAGAGAUCUUCAGCUUCGAGAAGACCCUAGAGGAGCUCUACCUCGACGCCAACCAGAUCGAGGAGCUCCCCAAACAACUUUUCAACUGCCAGAUGCUCUACCGAUUGAGUCUACCAGACAACGACCUGGCGGUGCUGCCGCCCGGCAUCGCAAACCUCAUCAACCUCAGGGAGCUCGACGUCAGCAAGAACAGCAUCCAGGAGUUUCCUGAAAAUAUCAAGAACUGUAAAGUCCUGUCCGUGGUAGAAGCGAGUGUGAACCCUAUAUCAAAACUCCCAGAAGGCUUCACGCAGCUCCUCAGCCUGACCCAGCUCUACCUGAACGAUGCCUUCCUCGAGUUCCUACCGGCCAGCUUCGGCAGACUAACCAAACUGCAGAUUCUGGAGCUGCGGGAGAACCAGUUAAAGAUGUUGCCAAAGAGCAUGCAUAAGCUCACCCAGCUGGAGCGCUUGGAUCUGGGCAGUAAUGAGUUCACUGAAGUGCCUGAAGUGUUGGAGCAGCUUACAGGAAUCAGAGAGCUGUGGAUGGAUGGAAAUAAGCUGACGUUUUUACCAGGGAUGAUCGGGACACUGAAGCAGCUCCGCUACCUGGACGUGUCCAAAAACAGUUUGGACAUGGUUGACGAGCAGAUAUCCGGCUGUGAAAACCUGCAGGAUCUACUGCUGUCCAACAACGCUCUGACGCAGCUGCCGGGGUCUAUAGGCUCUCUGAAAAGACUGACCACUCUGAAGGUGGAUGAUAACCAGCUCAUGUACCUGCCUGACACGAUAGGAGGACUCACGACUCUGGAUGAGCUGGACUGCAGCUUCAAUGAGAUCGAGGCGCUGCCGUCCACCACCGGCCAGUGUGUGAACCUGCGGACCUUUGCUGCAGAUCACAACCUGCUCACACAGAUGCCUCCUGAGAUGGGCAGUUUGAAGAACGUCACCGUUGUCUUCCUGCACUCAAACAAGCUGGAGACUCUGCCGGAGGAGAUGGGCAACAUGCAGAAACUCAAGGUCAUCAAUCUCAGCGACAACAAGUUGAAGAAUCUUCCAUACAGCUUCACUAAACUCAACCAGAUGACCGCAAUGUGGCUGUCUGAAAACCAGUCGAAGCCCCUCAUUCCCCUGCAGAAAGAGGAGGAUCCGGAGACACACAAGACCGUACUCACUAACUACAUGUUCCCUCAACAGCCCAGAACUGAGGACUAUGUGCCCAGCUCAGACAGCGAGAGCUUUAACCCGUCUCUGUGGGAGGAGCAGCGCAAGCAGCGGGCACAAGUGGCCUUCGAGUGUGACGAGGACAAGGAUGAGAGAGAAACGCCCCCACGGGAUUGCAAUCUGAAGCGAAACCCCACACCGUAUCCUGAAGAACUGAAGAACAUGGUGAAAACGGCUCAGUCCGUAGCUCACAGACUCAAAGAGGACGAGUCCGGGGACGAGGGAGGAAAAGAGACCCGGGCCAGCGACAGGAACCACCUCGGAGUGCAGGAUGUUGGCGUGAAGGUGAUCGAAGGUUCCUGCAUUAAUGGCAGAGCUGUUGAAAUGGAGCCUAAAGCAAUGAUGAACAGUCGUCAAAAUUAUGAGCCUAUAGAUUCAUUAGACAACCACCACGUUGAAAGGAUCCCUCUCAAGACCUCAGACAACAUGAGAGCUAUGGUGAACCACGAUGACACCCUUGAGGACUCAGAGGAGCUGUCAUACGAGGAGGAGGAGGAAAUGAAGAUAGCCGAGAUGAGACCUCCACUCUUCGACAUCUCCAUUAACCAGCCUAAAGUAGUGGCCCUCAGCAAGGACAAAAAAGAUGAUGGGAGGGAUGCCGACUCUUUGCUGGAUGAGACGGUGGCCAACAGUAACCAGAACAACAGCAACUGCUCUUCACCAUCACGCAUGUCUGAUUCAGUGUCCUUGACCACAGACAGCAGUCAGGACAACUCCCUCUGCACCCCAGAGAGAGAGGCAAAGAUGCCUCUCGUCCCCAAGAACAGACAAGAGGAUGAAAACCUCAACCAGCUGAAGCAGAUGACCCCUCUACUCCAGAACUGUAAUGGCUCUGAGACGUCCCUACAGACCUUCCUGAAGAACCAGCAGAGCUACGAAAGCAAGUCAGACCAGAUGACCGACUACAGUCUCUCCAUGGAGGAGAGGCUUGCCUUCAUUGAAAAGGGCAUAAAGAACGGUGUGGCAGAGCAGUACAGCAAGUGGGAUCAGAUCAACAUGAACGUGGCCAAACUCCCACCUGACAACAUGGUGUCAUAUGAGGACCUGGAAAGGACCAAAAGUCCCUCAGCCAAGGAGUCCAUGUCAAGCAACAACAAUGCCAUGCUGUCGCUCGAGAACCUUGAGAAUGGCAAUCGGAUUCAGGAGAAUUUUAAUGGCCGAACGGAUCAAGUUCCCUUGCGGUAUGAGUCGACGAGGACCGUCUCCACAGGUGUAACAGCCUUAAGCGACAUGAGUCUUUCUCGUAGUACAGAGGAGCUGUCGCCAGAGAAGAAAUAUCCACCAGCCCCAGUAGUGAAAUCUCAGAGCAUUGCCAACAUGGAUGGUGGAGGGAUGAAGCUGUACUCCAUCGAGAGAGAAAGCCCCCCCUAUGAAGUGGCAUGUGCAGCCAGAACGUCUAUAAGUGGCGCUCAAGGCCAGAGCAUCGUCCGCUCCAAAUCGGCCUCUUUGCUCGAUGACCAGCCAUUGCAGAUCUACCCUGGUUCCUCUGCAUCAUCCUCUGACCUGUUGUCCAGCUCCAAACCUCCGAUUAGCAGCGCCCACUACCCCACUGGUCCCCCUCCACAGUACAACAUCCAGUACGCCAGUAGCACUGUGCCUAAAGACAACUUGUGGAGCCAACGUACCCCUGUACCUCCCGAGCAGCCGUACCUCCCACCGCAGCACUCCCUCGCCAACACAAACUUCUCCAACCGCAACAACGCCCCCCCAUAUCCCCAGCCCCAACAACGUGGCCCGCCCAAGACCCCGGACAUGUGGGUCAAGGAAAGGAUGCUGCCACCUGUUGGCCAGCGAGGCACCCUGCAGAGACAAGGUAGUGGAUCUUCUGGCAGCCCCAUGUCCAUGCCGGACCCACGUCGCAUGCCAGGAGUGGAGGGAGAGUACAUGACCUACCGGGACAUUCAUACAGCAGGCCGUGGGCCUCUCAUGAGCCAGGCGCUCCACAGACCCUUGUCGGCCCGCACCUAUAGCAUAGACGGACCCAACGCUCCCCGGCCGCAGAGUGCCCGGCCCCCACCUCACGAGCUUCCAGAGAGGACCAUGUCUGUCAGCGACUUCAACUACCAGCACGUCAGCCCCAGCAAGAGACCCAGCAUGAGGGUGAAGUCCGAGCACUCGUUGCUGGAUGGGCCAGUCAGCGGAGGGGGCAGGGUUCCAGCAGACUGGAGGGAUCAGGUCAUGAGACACAUCGAAGCCAAGAAGAUGGAGAAGAGCGCUCUCUCUCGGUCUUUGGCUACUCUCACUGGCAGUCAGAGCUCUCUGGCCUUUAGUGCCAUAGACGGAUGGCAGUUUGGAGCUCAUGGGCCCAGCGAUGAUGUCUUCAGUCCUCAAGGACAACAGGGCUACCAUAUCGACACUCUUAGAAAAGUGCCUUUGAUGAACGGCCAGAUGUGUGCUCCUGUGAGAUCCCCCAUGAGCUGCGGUCAGCCCCCGAUGGCACGUCACCCCUCACGAGAGCAGCUGAUCGACUAUCUGAUGCUCAAAGUGUCCCAGCAGCCCCCGGGGCCUCCACGGGUCCCACACGAGACGCUGCAGCAGGAGCUCCAUGUGAAGAUUGAGAAAAAUCCCGAGCUGGGGUUCAGUAUAUCGGGAGGAGUGGGUGGACGGAGGAAUCCCUUCCACCCAGACGACAACGGCAUCUUCGUGACGAGGGUCCAGUCGGAGGGACCUGCUUCGAAACUCCUUCAGCCUGGGGACAAGAUCAUCCAGGCGAACGGAUACAGCUUCGUCAACAUUGAUCACGGAUACGCAGUAUCCCUUCUGAAGAUGUUCCCCAACACCGUCGACCUGAUCAUCUUUCGAGAGAUGGCCGCAUAACAGAUGAAGCUGAAUGAGCACCGUCUUAUUUUUGUACCGAGAAGAGCCAGUGCUUUAUAUAGUUAAUCUGAACUGAUGUUAACGACCGUCAGUGAAGAGGGGCGAAACCACUGCUUCAAGUGGAAGACAGAAGCAUGCGCCUUCGCUGUGGGAUGAUCUGUUGGCAAAGUCCAACCGGUAUGAAAACCUGUGCUUUUUGUAAAGUUUUUGUUUUCCUUUUUUAAGACGUCACCUGUGUGUAGAGCUCUUGUGGGACAUUAGCUGUAGCUGACCGUUUGAGGGCAGGGCUCUGUCACGAUUUGCUCAUUUUUUAUUAUUUUAAAGAGAUUUUUAAAACCACUUUUAUGGCCUGUGUGAGAUUCUGAGCUAGAAGACAAUGCUAUGUGCUAACUGUGAUAAUGAAUGUAGAACUGUGGUGAGCUAAACCGAACUGGAUGUGAAAUCUGUUGGCCUGGUGGUCACCGUUCUCACCUAUUUGUGAAGAAAAGCCCCUUUAAUCUGGAUGAAAAACUUGUUUGCUCAAUGCUAGCAACUCUUCUAGUCUUCGCAACUUGAUCAGAAAUCAUCUUUCUCUACUUUCUGCAAUGUUCCUCCAGUGAAAUAAGAGUGUCUUCUUACAAACUUCCAUGGAGUGAGACGAACGCCACAAGUAAUGAUGUGCCGAAAUGCUCCCUGUACGUAAAACUUGGAGGGCAACACGAUGAAGAACUUAAAUGAGGAUUUCGAAAGAUGAAAAGAAACACCGAAACAAAAAGUGGUUCUUAACCAAAGCAUAUUGGGACAAAGGUGGCAUGUCAACAUCUUUCCUCCUUCUACAACACAGCCACGAUCCCAACGCCGCCGAACUAAUCCGAAGCACUCAUAUUUGAAUAUAUAUUUUUUCUUAUUUCAUUUUGGAGGUCAUCGAAACUGUUUUCUACUCUGUGAAGAAGAUUGUAAACGUAAUAUUUUAUUCUCUUACGAAAACAUUCUAACAUUCGACUAGUGGUGCACUCAUGGAUGUUGGUUUGCUAUUGAGGGCUUCGACGCAGGGCUGAGAAACAAUGUCAAGUGCCAUAGACCCUGAACUGUCAGACAUGGGUUUGACCCAGAGCAAUACUCAUUCAGAUCCACGCUGCAUAUUCAGUGGCUGACGAAUGACACAGUGGCGAAAGAGCAAUAGAAAGUCCUUUAUUCCAGUGGUUCCCAACCCUGGUCCUUGAGGCACCCCAACUCUACACGCUUUGCAUGUUUCCUUAAUCAAACACACCUGCUUCAGCUCAUCAGCUCAUUAUUAGAGACUCCAAGACCUGAAAUUGGUGUGUCAGAGAAAGGAGACAUGCAAAAUGUGCAAUGUUGGGGUGCCUCAAGGACCAAUGUUGGGAACCACUGCUUUAUUCCAUUCGCAGGAUCUAGUCAGUUGCGUUUUUUUAAAUAAACCAAAAGAAACCCAUUUAGUUUUUCUUGAUUGAUAAAGCAUUUUAUAUUGUGAAUCUUUUAAGGAGGAAAACAGGAGAUUGCAUUUCAGAUUUUUUGUAAAAAAAAAAAAAAAAAAGUUCGGUAAUGAAAAAAUCUGUGCGCGAAUGAAUGUCUUGCCACGUCACAUUAGCGUUUGCACUGCUGUUUCCAGACAUCCCUAUGAAGAUGAUCAUAACAUUGUAUGUGGAUACAUCGACUUCUUCAAUAGCAAAGAGAUUCGAAAAGCAACAAAGCCUUGUAAAACGUUAAUCGUAAUGUUUGAUGAAGUAGUCACAUCGAAAGUCCAUGAAAGAUUUUAGCUAUGUGUGCAUAUGAGGAGAACGACCUACUGUGUGUAUUACCUGCAUGAAGUUCCUCUUUUUGAUCAUUCUUCACUAUAUUAUUCAGUAGACUGGAGCGCUAAACGAAUCAAAUUAAUCAAAUUAACUUACUGAUAAUGUAACAAAUCCACAAUUAAAUGUGAAAGUGCAGUCACUAUUUUUACAAGAGCUCAAAAGAUUCAGGAUUCAGGUGAGUCAUUAUUGUUAAUGAAUUGGAAAGGAAUUUGCUAUAUUUGAUAACUUUUUCUGAAAAAAAAAAAAAUGAUGAAUUACAUGGAUAGUUAGUGGAUAAAACAACGCCCUCCAACUUUGCUGUGAAUGAUUCAUUCAGCACAAUGUUUUUGUGGACUCUGUUACUUCCAUUUUGUCACCAAUCAGUCUAGCAUAAAUCCCUUGACUGUCACUUUUAUGUUUUAUCUUUAAAGACAUUGUAAAAACAUCAACUAAAAACUGGUGGGUUUUUUAUGUCCCUUUUUUAUUUAUUUAGUACACUUUACUUUGACUUUAGAGAUUACUAAUCAAAAUGUAAAUACUUUUUAAAAAGGUUUAUGAUUUGUUCAUUGCAUUAGUCAUUAUGUUUUUAAAACCAGCAAUAAUUUGAGUCACAGAAGCAGCCCUUUUAAUGUAUAGCUAUGUGAAAUUUUCAUCGCAAGCAGCUACUAUUAAGAUGAUUGGUAUGCAUUUAUUCAACAUUCCAGAUUUUGUAAAUAAAUUUACUUUCCAUGGUGUCCUGUGGAAAGAAUAAAUCAACUAAUGCUC